AAGCAGUGUUGGCCCUGCAGAGUCCAGCUUCCUCGGCCAGAGGACAGAGGGCAACAUGGGGAGCAGGAGCAGUGAUGGUCGGUGGCCUCUGGCUGCACAAAACAUGAACAACUGCAACAACAAUGAAAAGGAUGACAAGAAGGAUGACAAGAAGGAUGACAAGAAAGAUGACAAAAAAGAUGAUAAAAAGGAUGAACCAAAGGAAGUGUGGAUCAUGGACCCUGCCACAGAUAUGUACUACUACUGGCUGUGCACAAUAUCCAUCCCAGUGUUCUACAACUUGAUGCUCCUGGUGGCCAGGGCUUGUUUUAAUGAACUACAGUAUACAAAUACAACAAUGUGGAUGGUUUUGGACUACAUUUCAGAUGUCCUGUACUACAUUGACACUUUUGUGAGAGCCAGGACAGGUUUUCUGGAGCAAGGACUGCUUGUAAAGGAUGCAAAGCUCCUGAAAGAAAAGUACAUGAAGACACGCCAGUUCAGAUUAGAUAUCAUAUCAAUAAUACCAACUGAUAUUGUAUUCAUCAAAAUUGGAAUUGACAACCCAGAGUGGAGGUUCAAUCGUCUCUUUAGGUUAGCCCGACUCUUUGAGCUCUUUGAUCGGACUGAAACUCGAACCAAUUUCCCCAACAUAUUCCGAAUUGGUAAUCUUGUACUUUACAUCAUCAUCAUUAUCCACUGGAAUGCUUGCCUCUACUUUGCCAUCUCCAAGACGCUGGGCAUAGGAUCAGACACCUGGGUGUAUCCAGACAUCCAGAAGAAUCCUGAGUUUGCUCGUCUGGCCAGACAGUACAUUUACUGCUUUUACUGGUCCACACUUACUCUGACCACUAUUGGUGAGACACCACCGCCAGUCCGAGACAUUGAAUACUUUUUUGUGGUGAUUGACUUCCUCACUGGGGUUCUGAUCUUUGCUACAAUUGUAGGCAAUGUUGGUGCAAUGAUUUCCAACAUGAAUGCUGCACGUGUAGAGUUCCAGGCUAAGAUUGACUCUAUCAAGCAGUACAUGCAAUUUCGGAAGGUCACCAAAGACCUGGAGGCAAGGGUGGUGAAGUGGUUUGACUACCUGUGGACAGAGGAGAAAACCUGUGAUGAGAAGCAGGUGCUGAAGAACCUGCCAGACAAGCUAAAGGCUGAGAUAGCCAUCAACGUACAUCUGGAGACCCUAAGAAAAGUGCGCAUCUUUCAAGACUGUGAAGCAGGUUUGCUCGUUGAGUUGGUCCUCAAGCUUCAGCCUCAAGUUUUCAGUCCUGGCGAUUACAUCUGUAAGAAGGGGGACAUUGGCAGGGAAAUGUAUAUUAUCAAAGAAGGAAAACUGGCUGUAGUAGCAGAUGAUGGGGUUACCCAGUUUGUGGUUCUCAGUGAUGGGGCGUACUUUGGAGAAAUAAGCAUCCUCGGUAUCAAGGGCAGUAAGGCAGGAAACCGAAGAACAGCUAACAUCCGAAGUGUGGGCUACUCUGAUCUGUUUGCCCUGUCUAAAGACGAUCUAAUGGAGGCACUCAUUGAGUAUCCUGAUGCUAAAUAUGCACUGGAGGACAAGGGAAGGGCCAUCCUGAUGAAAGACAAUCUCAUAGAUGAGUCGCUGGUUGCUGCUACUGAUGCCAAAGACUUGGAGGAAAAGGUCAACAAGAUUGAAGCCAGUUUGGAGGUCAUGACAACCAAAUUUCGAAGGCUGACAGAACAGUAUGAAUCCUCCCAGCGUAAACUCAAGCAGCGGCUCACUAAUAUGGUGAACCAGGUCCGAACCCUCAGAGUAGACGAUGAGUAGAACUUGGCUUGGUACUACUACACCCAGGCUUAGGGACUCUUCCAUUUCCCUCUGUGGUCACGCCCAUGGUAGUGUAGGACUCUUUGUACACAGAAAAUGGCCAGCAGCUGUCUCCAUUCAUUAUUGGAAUAUAUGGCAAAAUAAUAAGGUUGUCUUAAAAGUUGAGCAUUCUCAUAAACACAGGUAUGCAUCGGACUGGGUACCUCAGUACUUUGUGAAUUGUGAGUAUCGAAAUACUGUCAGGUAUGACAAUAGGGUACAGAAUGCUUGGUCAUAUUCUCAGUCUUGUUUUCUUGUCCUUUAAACAGAUUUUCUCUGAUUUACACCAUCAGUUACACCACCAUCCAAAAGUUUUUUUGUAAAAAAAAAAAAAGUUAGUACUGAGGAACAGGUAUCAAAAAAGGUACCAUUUUGGUCUCAGAACUGAAAUUUGUGUCAUUUUCACACCUGUAAUUAAGUCAUUUGAAUGAUUACUAUCCCUAGCAAUGCAUUUUUGUAAUUAAUUACAAAAGCAUCUGUCAAUGCUAUAUGUUUAUAUAAAGCAAUCAGGAAAUAUACCGAAACUACAACCACCACCACCACUUUGCCUAGAUCUUCCACAAAAUGCAGUUUCCCCCCAUAUUGACAAGAAAUUGUACCUGAUCCAAAAAAAUCAUGUCUAUUUUCAUUUUCAUUUUCAUUUAUCUUACUUGUAACAUGAUUUUAAAAAACCAACACUAGAAGCAGAAGUGAUGUUGCCUUGGUCUAUUUUUCAAGAACAGUUUGAAAUAUAACAGAUUUUAAGUUCCAGUAAACAGACACGACACUUUUUGCAGUUACAACAUUCUUCUGCUGAUGACAUGUACAAAUGCUCAGUUGUAAUAUAAUUUUCAAAUGUUCAUA